CACUGAGUUCCAGGCUAGCCAGAGUUAUGUAGCAAGACCCUAUCUCAAAAAGCCAACCUCCCUACGAGAACAUGCCUCUCGCAAAAGAUCUCCUUCAUCCCUCUCCAGAAGAGAAGAGGAAACACAAGAAAAAGCACCUGGUGCAGAGUCCCAAUUCCUACUUUAAGGAUGUGAAAUGCCCAGGAUGCUAUAAAAUCACCACGGUCUUUAGCCAUGCACCAACAUGUGUUGGCUGCGCCACUGUCCUCUGUCAGCCUACAGGUGGAACAGCAAGGCUGAUGGACGGAUGCUCCUUCAGGAGGAAGCAACACUGAAAGCCCCUGAUUGAAGAUGAGUGGGAACCUUCCCAAUAAACCCAUUUUGGAUAUAUA